UCUAGCUCCGAAAAUAAAUAAAACACUGUCUUGAGAAGGAAAGAACCACGGAAGCUGUGUUCUGCUGGGAAUAGAUGGUUUAUGCUAGUACGACAACAAACCUAAGAGACGCAGGAUUAGAGACGAGAGAACAGUUCAAGUGACGGUAGAAGGCGCAGGUAUUCCAAUCGGGAACAGGAAGCCAGGAAAAUAUGAUAGAUUGUAUAACAGGACCUGGGGAGAUGAUGGUGGGGAUAUGAAACGUCUUAGGUUGAAGUAUUUUGGUGACUGAGGUGAGGUUCUGAUGAACUGUACAGUUACAGACGACUGUGUCGGUGACCAGGAUUUAGGAUGAUAGGUGGCACUAAUGCACCUUUAAGUACACCACAGAAGAAGAAGCACUACGCCAGGAAGCGUGGGGGGAGUCGGCGGGUGUGUGGAUGUUGAUGCCAUGGAAGGUAAGCCUGACGUCACGGUGACCUCAGCAAACCGGAAGUUUGCUGCUAUUACAGGAAGUGGCCGGAAAAUCAGAGAUAACGCAGCCGACUGGCACAACUUGAUGCUGAAGUGGGAAAAACUUAAUGAGGAUGGAUUAAGUGCAGCAACCAACAUAGUCAACAUCAGACGGUCCCUGGUGGAAGAAUUGCCAUCAUCAUCAUCCUCAUCCUCAUCACUGUUUGCAGGUGGAGCCGCUGAGCUGCAGGACGAAUGCAGCAAACUUCAGUAUGUUGUGGACAAAUUGGUCGUCGUUGUGAUGAAGAUGGAGCGAUUGAUGAGAUUGCAGCAAGGCAUCCAAGAUCUGGAUGAAUUUCAGUUUGGGCCUGAAGGAAGGAUGUGUCCUCUGUUUCACACCUGGAAGACUGGCCAGUUUGAGUCAACGUCCCGUUUUCUGUUGGACAUCUUCAGUAAGGAGCUAAAGCUGAAGCAGACCAUCCUGCAGGAACUGGCUCACACUGCCUCUGCUGACCUCUGCAUGGUCUACCUGUCCUGCUGGCUUCACCAGCCCUUCGUCCCCCCACAAACCAGAAUGACCUUAGAGGCUCUGUUGCUGGAGACUGGGCACCGCUCUGUGUGACUCCUCCCCAUCAGUCAUGUUGCAGCUGAACAUACUGCAGCUUCGAUUUACAAUCAGUGUAGAACGAUUCUAGCAACAGAAUCCCCUCUGAGUGAGUCUGGACCAGAGAUUCAGGCAUGAGUCCUGCAAAACACAUAGAAUCAAUCAAGGUGUGCAGGGAUGAGACCUCUCAGCCUCCGCCAGCACAUGAUCACAUCAGGCAUGUUUAGGUAAGCAGCGACUAUGGGCCCACAUCAUUAAGCUUCCCUCCAUUAACAGAAUAGAACCGAAAUGGAUUUGACUAGAGAAGAACUGAGCUCAGAUUGCUGAAUGUGUUCCAUUGAAAUCCACCUAGAGGGAUUGAAGAGGCCAGUUCACUAGGAACAUUGUCUAUCAAAGGUAAAUGCAAUGAGAAACCCUUCACUGAACUCUCAGACAGUAGAAGGAAGCUGCUUAGAGAAAAUGUAAUGAAAUGAUUCUCAUCAGUUUAUUGGACAAACAUGAAAUGCAUCUCAUUCCAACAAUAAACAUGACAAACCAAUAAAGUCCCAUCUCCUCCUUGA